GGUCCGCUUCGAUGGUGCUCAGGAUAGGCGCGCGCACGCACGCGCACGCACGCACGCACGCACGCGCUCAUAUCUCAAGCUGGAGUCAGACUGAGGAAACAGAAUGCCAGGGAAGGAAGCACUGAAGUCAGUGCGAAAGCAGAUUUCUCCUGAAGCCGACACAGAGACGGCGGAGGAAGCGACGUCUUCUCUUCAGCGUUGUUGCGAUACCUCGACCAUCGAGGCCUUACGAGAGCAAGCGAAAAACAAAGGAGAACAUUUUCGAUUCCGUUAAGUAGGCGCCCGCCUGCCGCCACGCGGAUAACACCGACCGCUGGAUUUGGAAUUCCACAGAAGACAUUCAUCAGGAGGAAAUUCUUGGAAUUCUCCUCAUCCCGGCAACGCACCUCGGAAAUUUCAGGAGUUCCUUCACUUUCUUCGGAAUCAAACCGCAAGCAAGAGGACACAUCAUUUGGGUGAAAUCCCCCACUCUCCACCAGAAACAUGAGUCUGUCACGGAACGGGACAUUGGAGAAGACAUCGGAGCCGCCCCACUCUGAGGCAAGUUCCCCCUCGAGAGGUGCCGGGGUGGUGGUGCCCCCGCCGUACACCACGGGCGGCGGUGACGCCUCCGACCCCCCGCCGGAGUUGAGGGGCUCCCUGGACUGCUGGGCCUGCUCCGUCCUGGUCACGGCUCAGAAUCUGAUCAUCGCCGCCAUUAACGGCUUGUUGGCCGGCAUCGUCUUCGGCACCGUCCUCACCCCGGCGCUCGUCAUGAUUAUCUUCGGCUUCCUCUGCCACUCCACGGUGCAGCCGCACGGAACCUCGGUGUACUGUUCGGACCUGCUGGACGAUGCCGGCUGCGUGGCGCUGCUGGUCGUGGGCUUUCUGCUGCUCACGCCUCUGCUGGUGCUGGCGCUGGCCGCCUUCUGUCGUCUGGCCCGCCACCUCCAGCUGGGCCUGUGCUUCAUUCCGUACAGCCGGGCCGUGUACAAGAACCUGCCGCCCGCUCGCCGCAGGGGGGCCGGAGUGGGCGGCUGCUGCGGCAUGCCGGAGGCCUCGGAGAGGGAGGGCAAGGGCAGCGUUUGGGUGUGACGAGAGGCGACCUCUGACGUUAGCGGAGAGAUGAUGGAUUAUUAUUUCUUUUUUGGAAUCCAUUGUGCAAAUCGAUUCACUUCAGUCCAUCAUUGCAAAUGGAUGUUUAGCCAAUAGUUUUGUAUACGAUUCCUGUAUUUUGUAAGAUAUUGUUUUUCCAAUAAAAGGUUUUCUUCA